ACCUUCAGUGACAGUUCAUUUUCACACUGUUUUCAUAUAUUUCAGAAUUGAUGACUUUUCAGAAAGGACAAUUCCUUCAUCACUUACAUCGGAAGGAAAUGAAAGUAAUUUUGAAGACGGAGGUUUACCGGCAGAUGAAACGGUGCGGGCAGGUCCCGGGGAAGGCAAAUAUCAAGUAAGUCACUUUAGUGAAAGUCAUGUGACAUCGUCAAAUGGGACUAGCUCGUCUUUGUCCCUUUUUCAUUCUGAAGUACAGGAAGUUUUUCUCAGGCGUAGAGGUUAUCCCGAAAGUGAACACGAAACAAUACAGUUUUCCUCAAAGAAAUUAUUUUCCAUAAUGAAAACCAACAAAAAUAAAAAUGUAAUGUUUUCUUCUGACUUUAACUUUUCAAGAACUUCUAGAAUCAUUAUAGAAAGUGAAGAUCUGGAUGUGGCACCAUUCCCUCCUGCCCAUUUAUUUCUUUCUAGAGACCAAGUCAGACUCCUGGAAGAAAAUGUGAGAAAUCAAAUUCCUUUAAAAUCCAAAGCUUCGUUAGAGAGUAAAGCUACCCAUCUGUACUCAAGUUCUCAAGAGUCCUUGAUUCAGAAUCAGCAUUCUGUUAGAAUGGACAUUUUUGCCCAAGCGCAAGAUUCUUUUCCAGGACAAAGCGAUACUCAGUAUCAAAGUUUUUCUGAAGCACAAUUUACUAGUCAAGCCCGAGAGUCUGUUAACAACCAGGAAUCAAUCAGCAGCCAUGCUGAUGUCAAGGCCAGGUACUUUGCUCUGCCUCAAGAGCUGAUGAAGAAACCACUCUCCAGCAGCACACACGCUUCCUUCCAGACAAAAGACAUGGUCAGGAACCAACCGUCAGUCGAAGUCCCACAUUCUGUUGAGACCAAAGAUUCCAUCGAGGGCCUAGACUCUGAUAAAAAACACUUAGAUGAGGCCCAAUAUUCUGUUUGGUUUGAAGAUUCAAACGAGAUUAAAUAUUUAAUCCAGUUGGAAAAUACUAUUUUUAAGAAUGCCAGGUUUCUAGUUUUAACUCUGAACCCAAAGUCGGUAGUUAAAGGCCUGCCACAGCUAAAGAGUGUAAGGACAAAGGGCCGGAAACAAAUUGCUUCCUCGAAAUUAAAGCGGUAUCACGCUUAUGGCUCAGUGCCUCUUGCACCUACCUUGAACAGGCAGAAAAAGAGAAGAAAAAGCUUACACUGUAAAAGUAAAUUUAGGCUCAGAGUUCCACCUCAGAAGUCAAAGGAAACACCAACUUCACGGGUAUUUCAAAUCACAGGUAUUUCGUGUCACACUUCAGAAUGUAGCAAGUUAAGACACAGGUACGUUAAGAAGAAAGCGUUACAUCAAAGAAAAAGUAUACCAGGUAUCGUGUUGCGUCUUAUUUAUGUUUUCAAGUUUGUUCCUCCUUAUAGCAGGAAGUAUUCCCAGAAAAGACUAGUGAGAUCCAUGCCGGAUUUAAUAGGAUGUGGCCGUUUUCUGCUGAAGCAACAACAUAAAUCACCACACGCAGAGCAAGUCAGCCAUGCAGGGUCUACCAAGAAAGGAGGAACCUCGGAGAGUACUAAAAAUACAGAGGCACAUGGCAGAGAGACUACAGGGCUAAAAAGCAUUUCACCAAAAAUCCCACCUCAGCCAGAACCGUCUUUGAUGGCCAGCACCUAUCAACGAAAAACACCUCGUUCUCCACUAAUAAAAACAACCUGGAAGGAUAAAGAGUCUCGUAAAGACCCAGUUACACAAGCACAGAAAAUGGAUCCUGCAGCGUCCUGUGUCCCAAAUAGUGGAAACACAGCUGACCUGCAUGUGGCAAAGCAUGAGACCCCCUUAGAGGCGUCUAUACCAGAACCUUUGUGGAAAGUGGUUUCCUCUCCCCACAUGGACUUGGGUAAAAAAAUGGAAACAUGGGAAGACCUACAAAGUACAGAGAAUUCAUAUCUUCCACUUUCAAAUGGAGGGGGUUUAGCAACCAGUACAUCAGAAAGGCAGAGGUGCUUUCGAAAGGGAAAUACACAAGAACAAAAAGAUUUUCUGGAACUUGUUCUGGAGUCUUCAGAUGUCAGCUUGCUCGUUUCACCAGGAACCAAAAAGCAUAAAAGCAGUGAACAAUCAGCAGGUAUAAAAAUUCAAGAGAGUACAGAAGAUGUAAGUGAGAAGGAAAAGAAACCCUUAAUGCUUAGUGUUACAGGAUGUGUUGACCGACGCAAAGGUGAGGAACUGGAACGUGACACCAGAAGUAAUAUAAAAAAGAUGCAAGAUAAAAGAAUACCUAAUGCAUUCCACGACGCCACCCACACUGCCAUUUCUGAACCACCUCCUGUGGACGUGCACAGCAGAUUCAAAACCAAGGCAGAUUCAUCAGAAAUAGGGCUCAGCCAUUCAGUGGUAAAGCAAGAUGAGUUACGAGAUGACAAGAUGAUACAGAGUGUGGAAUACGUUGAAAAGGGAUAUAUGUUUGAAAAGCCACAAGAACAUGACAAAGAGGAAGAACAACAGGCUUUGCAAGAAGCAGUUCCACAGCUGGCACACGGUUUCAGGUCCACCCUACAACCAACGCAGAAGCCCAAGUAUGUCAAUUUUGAAAUAGGUCAGAGCAGUUCAGAAAGCAGAAGAAGUCAUAAUCAAGAGCUAGAAGUACAACCACAAACUCUUUCUACAGAAACAAUUGUGGGGACUCGUCCAUCCUACACAGUGGCUCCAUGUCAGGUGGAGAAGCUGCAGCCACGUGCAGACAGACCUACCGAGGGGGAGACUGCAGAGCCCGCGCAUCCUCUUCCAGUGUCAGCAAGCUUACCAGUUUUAACUGAAACAGCAGAACGUGGCGUCCCAUUUGGCAGAAGCCCCAGAAAGACCCUAGAUGAACAGAUUGCAGAAGAAAAGGAAGCCUUAAAGAGAGUUUUACCUGAAGUCGCCUUGGAGUCUUUCCAUAGGCAUAUGCUUCCUUUAUCAGGUUUUAAAAGGAAGAGAAUCAGAAACAAAUUAUCAGGAACAAUAAGUUUGCUUGGUCCCGAAAGUGUAAUUAUGAAAGUAAAGAAGCCACCAAUACUUCGCAGAAGAAGACUGAAAGGCAGUUUUAAAAUCCUGAUGAAACAACGACUGCAAGAUCAAAUUGUGGCAGAGAGGCUUGUGAACGUUAUUGAGCCUCGUCUGUCUGUUUUGCCUCAUGUCAGAACGCAGAGCAGAUUAAAUGCAGAUGACCAUGGUCUUAGCAAGCUGAAACAAGAGAAAGCAGAAGUUAAAAGAGAAGAGUGUUCAGAUACCAUUAAUAAGGGAAGUGACUCUGGAAACGCACCCAAAGCAGCUAAAUUGCAACAUGAAAUGGAAGGAGACAAAAAAGCUUCACCAGACGCCUUCCUUCAGGAUAGCUGGAACCUCAGAUUAGAUGCAUAUCCAGAGAAAGAGCUUAAAACAAAGAAAGAAAUGCAGCAACCAAGCACAGUUGCAGAAGUCAUGGUGGAGCCUAUUCACUAUACUAUAGUGGAUCCAUUUCACACUGCGAAUGUGAAGACAAGCCUGACAACACAAACAGGUACAAGAUGCACUACAGAUUCUGAGAUGCCUCCUUCGGCAUCAGAAAAAUCACUGACUAGAGACCCUUUAAACCAAACGAGAGGACGUGAUGUUCCAGAUUAUGGAAGUGAUACAAGCGAAAUGGGUUACUAUUUUCCAGAAACAAAGGCAGAAUUAGCAGCAAUUGUCCGAGAGACUUUGAAUUGCCACAUGCCUGCUUUAUCUCACUUUAAAAAGAAGAAAAACAGAGUAAGAUUCUCAUUCCUAGGAUGUACAGUAAAGCCCCAGUCUGUGCAUAUGAAGGAACCGAAGCCAUCCCUUUCACGUAUGUGUAAUAUCUCACGUCACAGAAAGAAGCUGGAGUCCAGCUUCAAGGGCAAGUUUAAAAAGAUCAACCAAGCUAAUGGACUGGUGUAUGAAUAUCUCAAUACCCUUUACUGUCCCCUGCAGAACAGGUUACAGGGAGAGUCAGACAGCUGUUACAAUGAGGUUCAGCUCCACGGGCUCACAGAUGUGGGGAGACCACGGUAUGUUGAUUUCUUUGACAGGAGCAGUGAAUUCUGUGGCAGAGAAGAAAACGUGCAAGAUGGAGACAAAGAGGAGCAGAAGCCUUUGCUAAGAACAGCUGCACAGCCUUCCCAGUACCUCUGGAUCAAUGCAUGUCAAGGGAAGGAGACCCACUUUACCGAACCAGUCUCAACACCAGACCAUUUAACACAAGAGCCACCCAUUCACGAGCAAGAUAGACAGCACCAAACAUGCUUUCCACAAAUGGCUUUGCAGGCUGGCCUCCAGAUGUGUCCCAGAGAAACUAAGGAACUCCUGAAGACCAGCAGACUAGAAGAUGGUAUAAUAGCUUCCAUGGGUCUGGAGAUUCUACCUCCUGAGACAGGGAACACAUCACUUGAGAAACCUUUAAACACUACCCCAGAGCGUGGCUUGCCAUCUGGUGGAAAUCUUGAAAGGGAACCAGAAGCUUAUCUUGUGGGAAAAAAUUCAGAGUUGGCCCCAAAUUUGCAAGUGACAUUCCUACAGUCUUCUGAUUCUGCUGAGCCCUUGGUUUCUAAAUCUAAAAGAAAGAAAAUCACAUUAAAAUUAGCAAGGAAGCAAAAAACAAUGAGUGGUAGGCAUAGAACCAUGAGGGAACAAAAGCCAUCGUCAAUUUUGCAUGUGCUUGAUGGCCUGCAGAACAAGGAACUGCAAUGCAACCUUAAAGCAAAGAUGAAAAGCCUACAGCAAAAUGAGAGUACAGCAGCUGCAUUUUUGGAUAUCAUUCACUUCAAAGUACCCAGGUUAAAUGUGGAGAGAGAGAUGCUGAGGAUAACAAGACCUAGUCUUAUGCAGCUAAUGCAAGAGAAAUCACCAAAUGGAAGGGAAGUAUGUCGCCCAGAUUCUCUUGAUACAAGUAGUUUAUGCAACCAUGUGAAAUAUGAGAAGGAGGAGCCAGGGGAACAGGAAGAUUUCCCAGCUCCAGAGAACAGCCAAGGCUUCAUAUUCAAUGUGUAUCAGAAGAAGGAUCAUGCCUUUGUCAAAUCAGAUGAGGAACCGGAAGAGGCAGGAAGUAUAGACAUGCAGGCACAACCACCAACACACUGUACACAGACUCUUCUGAGUUCUGCUCCAUGCCCUGCAUUGGCUCAAUUUCAGUUUGGAAAGCUAGACAGCUCUGCUAGGUUUUCACCUCCAAUGUCAGGAGAAGCAAACUUUGAUGAAAAAGUAUUUUCUGCAAGAGAAUGUGGUGUCCCCUCUGGGGUAAACCAUCAGGAGGAACAAGCUAGUGACAUUGAAAAGAAAGAGAGGGUGACUUCAGAUCUCUGCUCGGCUGCUUUAUCUGUAUCCAAAAGCAAGAGAAACUUCAAACACCAUGCAAACAGGAAAAUCUUCAUGAAUCCCAAACAUGGAAUUUUGAAAGCAAAGAAACCGUCAAUAUCAUACAUGCUCAAUAUCAAGGGCGGUGCCGGCCCAAACCAUAGAAAAGAACUGGGAUGCGACUGGACAACCAAAAUGAAAGAGGAGGACCAAGGGGAAAAAACGGAAGACGGCAUGUACUCCCUCCUGAAUUUCAUACCUGAUGCUCACAGGUAUAGCAAGAGAGAAAGAGAAAUGGACAUGUUAGGAGAAAAAAGACUCAGUUCUGAACAAGUAAAGCAAGAGAUAUCACCAGAGGAAGGGACUGUGACUUCAGAUGACACCGAAGAAUCCAAUCUUGAAGAUGAGGACGAAGACGAAAGCGAGCAGGAGAUGUUAUUAAACGUAAUCCCCCAGCACAGCCAACAUUUUAUCUUCUGUUCGGGCCAGGCCGAGGAGCUCACCCUUCACACAUCCAAAAACAAAGGACGUGGGAAGAUUCUGUUUGUUAUAGAACAAGGCAUCCCACCGCAGACGCAGCCUGCAGAUCCAGUGCAGCCAGGGGAGCCCAAGAGAAGCCACCAGUCCCAAACUGGCACCACGCGGACGGCGAGUUCAGACUUUCCUCUUCUGACGUCAAAGGAAUCACGAACAGGUCGUGUUUCAACGGAUACAGGGAGACCCAGUGUCCCAAGGCGUGGGAGCCACACAGGGGAACAGUACCAUCCCCGUCAGAGUCACGAGGGGAAGGCAGCGGUUCCAAAAGAUCUACAAGCAACUUUGCUGGAGCCUUUGGAUGUCUCCGCUCCCGAUCUAUCUGGAUCUAAAAGGCAGAGAAAGACAUUUACGUGUAGAGCCUUUAAAAGUAAAAUGAGUCCCAGAGGUGUUGCCAUGAAGGCAAGGAAGGCACCCAUUUCUCAGAUAUUUAACAUCCCUGGAAACAGUUGUCUAAAAACCCUACCUCCCAAAACCCGGAAGUCACAGAUUGUUUACUUUUUAAUUCAUGCAAAAUACUCUGGGGUACUGGACGAUCUUACUCUAGAGAGAAAGGAAGGGUUAACCCAUGAAUCACCAGCAGGGGUUAUACCCACACUUGUUUCAUCUGUGUCAAAAAGAAAGAAAAAGGACUUAAAACUUACAGACAAGAGAAAUAGAAUGAGUCACACACGCACACCUUGGAAGGCAAAGAAGGCACCAAUUUCCCAGAUGUCUGAUGUCACAAAGCGUGGUGUGCCACGCUACAGCAGACAAAUUGAACACCACUGCAAAACCAUGAUGAAACGAGGCCAGCCUGUGGCAGGUAUCAUCCCAAAUGUCAUCUCCUCUCCCACAUCUGGAAACGUAGAGACGGGGAUGCCCUGCAAGACAACCUUCAGUCGUGAGCUGCUGCAGCAAGAACAGGCAUCAGGUGGCGAGAGAACCUGGUGUGACGGUUCCACGGGUGAGGAGGGCAGGGCCUCAAGCCUCAGGAAGGAAAUCAGAGGCCACAGUGGAGAAGCAGGGCCACGGAAUUCUCAGCAGGUCACUGUCCACGCUCAUAAAAUGAAGGAGCCUCGCCUUGUGAAAUCAGAUCUAGAACGGAAGUAUUCAGCAAAGGGAAAACCCCCAGAAUUGCUUACCAUCGCUCAGGAGCUGCAGCAAUACGCGCUUUUCACACGAGGUGUAGCGCCUUCUGCUUCUGGCUCUACUUUGAAUUCCCCUCCAUUGGAGAAGCUUCCGAAAAGGACAAAAACACAGAAAGGCUUACAAGAUGCAGGGAGUGCAAGCGUUUUAUCUCCAGUGGCAGAGAAGUCACUCCGUGGCUCUUUCAUUGCUGUAGCACAGAGUGACGUCCCAUCUGGGAGAGGGCCUGGGAAGAAGCUUUCUAGCGCCGUUCCAGAGGGAAAGAUAAGGUUAGGAGAGGAUUUGCAAGCGAGACCCCUGCAGUCUUUUGGCUUCUCCAUGCCAGCUUCAUCUGAAAUUAAAGGGCUGAGAAGUGCCGCACGGACCCCUAAGUCCAGAAUUGGACAAGCACAGAUGGCAGUGAUUUUCAAGACAACGAGUACCACUAGGUCUGGUGCCCCACCCCGUGGAAAGAAACAGAUCUACAUCUUGGGUGACACAGCCAAAGGACUCUCUCAAAGUAUGCCAGGCACAUUUGCGAACACCUUUUUCCCACCUACGCCUGGGCCACCUGCCCUCAGAACACACAAAAAAUUGAAAGCAAAGAAAUGCCCAUUAAGAAAAAAAAGCAGUAUUAUAGAGCUGAAACGAAACGAAGGAAAGAAACUAUGUACACAUUCCUCUAGUAAGUGGAGCACCUCGAGAAACACGUCGGAAUCCAGAUGGCAGAAUGAAACAGAGGGCAAUGAAGUCAGAAUCAAAGCACGUCUAAAAUUCCUGCCUAGGACAGGAAGUAGAAAAGAUCAGACUAUGCUUGUGACAGAGGAACAAGUGCAGCAACACACACUGGUUUCAGAAAAUAUAUUAGAGUCUCCCUGUUCUUUUCUGAAAAUUCCAUUUCCAACGGAAAAGCUGAGGAUUAUCCCACCACAAACAGAGGUACUACCCAGACCCAGUGAAAAGAUCUCCUGUCCAAAAAGAGGGAAAGCCAUGUCUGGUGGUCUUGCUGUUGCUGAGGCAGAGUAUAGCCCUGCAUCUGGUGGGGCCCUGGCAAGGAAGCUGGAUGUUCCCGGGGCAGGUUCCCUGAAGCGUGAAGAAAAGGAGGAAAACACAGACACUCAAAAAGUAAUAAAAUACCCACGCUCAGAGAUCUCAGUGCUUGAAGAUCCAGAUGAUGAAAGCUCCAGCAGGAACGUGGAUGGUCAUUUUGCCAAGAAACAUAAGGAGCUGCAGCGGGAUUUACUAGCACUGUCCAUGACGUCUUUUUUAUCUGAAUCUGAAAGGCAGGAAAAGGCGUUCACAUUUCCAGAAAGAAAAGAUCUCAAGGGUGCCGAAUGUAGAACCAUGAAGGCAAAGAAACCUCUUUGUUCACAGGUCCUUAAUAGCACCAAGCACGGUAACCUGUGCUGUAGAAAUGGACAGGAAGGCAAGUUAAAACCUAUGAUAAAAGACGUGCAGCACAGUAAAAGCAUGACUGAGGCAUUUUCAUCCCCCACACCUGUUUCAACUGACAACAAACUAGAUAUUGAAACGGAUGGCACACCCAAACCACGGAUGGAUCCCCCAAGAGGAAAAAUGCACAGCCACACCUCUGCACAGCUAGAGAAACCACCAUGUGAUGGGGGAGCAUGGGAGGCUGAUUUGAUGGUUACACAAAGCAGAUCCAGCAACACAGGGAACACACACGUGCCCUGUGAAAAGAAAGAGAAAAAUACCCCAGAUACAUUAGCAGAAUCGGUUCCACAGAGUAGCCAAUGCUUCCAUUUCAGUUCUCACCACAUGAAAAAUCUUGACCCUUGCAAAUCAGAAUCUAAAAUGCAUAGUUCAGAAGCCAGAGGGACUUGGAAUUUGUCUUGUGCAAUGCAAAAGAAGAGGCAAGAAAAACAUGUUAGAGAAACCAUCUUGGAACCUCUUUCUAGAAACGUGAUGAACUUUAUCCAAGUACAGACAUUGAAGACAAGUCUUCAUAACCAGGGGGGAAUUCAGUACAUGGUAGAUCCAAAGACUCCAUUGCCAAAAGCCCAGAAAUCAGAGACUGGCUCCACACAAUGUGGUGAUCCCUGGGAUGGUAAGCCUGGGAGGAAACGGGAGAGUCCUAUUUCUAAGGAAAAGGCACGGAAUCAAAAUGACUUCGUAAGAAAGGCCAAGAUACUGAUUCCGAAGGCAGAUAAGUCAUUAAUUGAGAUGCGUUAUCUUAACGUAAGAGAGUGUAGUGGUUCAUUACAGCCAAGAGAAGACACGGCGCCAAGAGGGCAAAAGAAACAGCAAGAACCAUGCGUCCCAGGAACCAGCCAGGAUUCUGCUUAUGCCUAUGCACUUAAAUACCCUAAAAUCAUAAAACAUAGUGCUAAAGCAGAAACAGCAAGCAUGAAAAACACUACAUAUACCGAGCAGGUAAAAUCUAAGGCAAAGAAACCACCUGUUUCUCUGACGUGUAACACCAUAGGAUAUGGAAGCCAAAGCAACAAAGAGGACAUGAGACGUUACAUCCAGAAACAGAAGGGGUUCCGGCAAGCUCAAGCUGAGGCCGAGUUGGUUCUGAACACUAUUUGUGACUGUGGACUUAUUCCAUCUAAAAUUAGAGAGUUGAUGGAAAGGAAGAGGGAAAAAGGCAAGCCACCAAAGCUGGUACACAGCCCUCCACCGCCCACGCUGGAGAAAUCCCUCAGCCAAAGACAGAUGGCAUUUUCACAGUCCAUGCGUAAGAGUGCUAUAUCAAGAAAUAGUAAAACACUGAGAUGGUACGUUGGAGAGCAAAAAGAAAACCAAGUCGCUUCAGCAGACCUUCUCCCACAGUGUAGAUACCGAUUUGUGAUUAGCCAGCAGCUGAAAAAAGAAACGGACCAUGUCAAAUUCACAGUAGACUUGAAAAGAGAAGUAUAUCCUGAUGUCCUCUCACAAAAGAGGGAAACCAGUGGCGCUAUGUCUGACAUCUCGAAUAUUAGAAUGCAUACAAAACAUGAAUUCCUUACUGCACAGAGAGCAAAGAAGGGAGAUGAGGCCAUUGUCCAAGGAUCCGUUUCAGCUCCAAAGGGGAGAGAAGUAUUUGAGAAAACUGACAUGUCACUAAGUUCAGAAGGACAGACUGUGUUAAUUCCAGAGUUGGCAGCUUCCCAACUGAAGAUUUGCAAGAAGCAGGAACUGCUAAAACAAGGAAGCAUUUCAUAUCUGGAGCCUAGUACCUUCCCCCUUGCGGAAACUCCUCAUCCAGAAAACACAGGAAAGGUCCCUGAGGACGAUGCAUACACUGAGAGAAAAAGUGUUUCACAUCUGUUGAGAAGAGAAGGAUUAAAAGAAACUGAUAUCUUACAGGGUUCAAAAGGACAGACAUUUCUUUGUACAAAUGUAGAGGUCCAGCAAAAUGUUUCUGCAGCACAGAAAGAUUCUGUAUCUUGCCCCAGUGGGGAACCUCUCCUUGUUAAACAGACAGUAGAUGCAACAAGGGAAAAAAAUGUCAGCAUCCCAUUUGUUUCAAAUGCAAAUCCAUGGAGAAAAGAGAAAUCAAAGUUAAUGGAUAUUCUAUCGAAAUCAAAUGAACAGAAAAUAAACCUUCUCCAAAAAGUGAGGGCAAAACAACAAAGGAGCUCUAACCAGAAGGCAGAAAGUAUUCUCAAAUCCAUCUCCUCUUGCAUAUUGCAUCAACUCCAUAUUGAAACGCUACAGGAAGAAGGCUCAGCAAAAGGAAUGAGUUCGACAGUUUUGAGCCCAGUGGUAGAGGAAGCAUCAAGCAAAGCAGAUAAUCCAGUGGAUCAACCUCCAUGCUCAGAAGGAGUUAAUCUGCGUAUUGGAGGAAGAAGAGAACAUCCACAGGAAAGUAUGUGCAAGGCUCUUCCAACACCUGUUUCUGAUUCUUUGACGGCUACACUUCAGAUUAAAUUGCCAAGGGUAAAGAAAGCAGUAAAGGAAGUAGGUGAUCUAACAUACCACACUCCAAACACAGAAGGACUGGGCUUGCCUGUUGUGGGAAAAGAAGGAGGGCAACCAGAAUGCACACAGCAUAUUUGUCCAAAUCUUACUUCUCACCCUUCAAGAACUGUGUUUCAAAGUAACACGCCAUAUGAGAAGAAGGCAUUGGAAAAAGGAGUUAGCACUGUGGCUUACACUCCAAGCGCAGAAGGAAUUGGUUCGCCUGUUACUAGACAAGGAGAACAGCAAGAGAAAUGUACAUUUGAGGCUCUUCUGAAGUCUGCGUUUCACUCCCAAGCAUGUCUACUUCCAGUUCCUACCCCAGUGCAGCGAGAAAAAUUAGAUGACCUGAGGAUGAUGCAUUUUGAAUAUUCAACUCCACAGACUAAGGAAGCAUUAAAAGGAAAGGACCUUAUUGUUGGCUAUAGUCAAAAAAGUGAAAAAAGACAAAGCUUACCUAGUAUAGAACACAAACAGCAGCACCUGUGGAUUCCCUCUGAGUAUCUUCUGGAGCAUACAUCUUACCCUCAAAAUGAUCCCUGGCCCCCAUCACAUUUGACACCCCCGACAAAGGAAGCGUUAUCAGAAAUGGGUAAUGUGUCAAGCGAGACAAGAGGAUGGCUCAAACAAGACUUGAUUUCUGAAGAUCAGCUAAAUACAAGAUGUCAGUAUGGCCUGGAAUGGACUGUACCCUUGAUUCCUCCAAGGCAAAGAAAAAACCAAAACCUAAGGCUUCCUUUAGAAUCAUUUAGAAUCAGCACUGUAAAAAAUCAGAAUGUCUCAGUUCUGAAAGGAAAGAAGUCAUCGGGUGGGGAGCAGAUAAUUGAUUCAAUAUCCAAUGGUAUCUCUCCCAAGCUAAGAGUUAGAAAGAAGAUGCGACUAUGGAAAGCAUAUCAAAAAAGAGUACAGAAACAGGUAUAUCUACCUGGGUUAUUUUUACAUUCUCUUCCUAUCUAUAUGCCUCUUUGGCCUGGAAGUAAAAGACGGAAGAAUAAGGUAGAACAAGGAGUUAAGAAAGGUAUAACAUGCCCCCAAAGAACUUUGAUGUUGGAGAAAUCAGUAUUUUCAAAUACAUUUGAUACCGCUGACUAUAGUACCCCAGGCAACAGACCAGAACAUCAAUGGAACAUAAAAGAGAAAAUGGCAUAUGUGGAACAUAGAAAGGUCAAACCCGAUUUGGUUGUGACAAAUAUAUAUGAGUUCAUCCCUUGCUUACCUCACCUCAAAUUGAAUAAAAAGACAAUUGAUGAGAGGUUCUCAAAUAAUGUAAAAAGAACAAAACAACCUAUAUCCCAGAAAAAUGAUAGACUAAAAGGAAUCAAUAUGAAGGGAAGAAUGGAGCCCAGCAUUAUUUUAAAGGCAGAGCAAUCAUCGCUGUCACCUAUACCCAGUGAAAUGGAAUUGCCAAUUCUGUUGAACGUUAAAAAGCAAGAGAUCAAGGUGCAGAAAGGCGAAGGUAAGGCAGGUAUGAAACUGACAAACGUAACAUCUCUAGCACAUUCCAAUCUGAGUUCAAGAAUAAAAUUAGCAAAAGAUGAGUCAGGAAUACCAAGGAGUUGCCUUCCACCCCUAAAGGCCCAGGCGUCAUCAAAUCUUAGGAGAGCAUCAUUUGCAGAGUCAAUUAAUAGAGAAAGUUUAAGCAACGUAAUAGACGCAGAAUAUUUGCCACAGAAAAAGGAGGAAGAUGGGGACAGUAUAGUAUAUAUGAAAGCUUUAAGGGGCCACGAAAGUGCCACUUUGAAAAGGAAGAAAAAACUUUUUAAACAUACACCUCAUGGAAAAGAACCACAGUGGAAAAAUAAAGAACAAGAGAAAAUGAUGCAGGAGGAUAAAAGUGACCUAGAUGUUGUUCGGAAUAAGCCCCAUGUUUGCAUCCCUUCUUCCCCUCACCUGGAACAACGAGGUCCCGGGCUGAGAGAAGAGGCAGGCGUGCAGGGAAUAACGGGCUUCUGCCUUCCACCGCUGACCCUCCAGGAACUGUCAGAUGCAAUGACAGUAUGCCAGGAGCCAACAGAUGCUAUUUUACACAGUAUAAAAAGAGCAAAAUAUAGGCUAUGGAAGAAUGAAGAUGAAAUGGCAAGGGCCUUGGAAGAGAGAAGGCCUCCCCAAAAAAGAGCUUUGGGGGCGAACCAGUCUCCAGUCACACAGGCAUUACAGUUGAACAUUAAAGAAAAAGAGGAAAAGGUACAGGAAGAUAAAGAUGAACGAGUUGGGAUUCAAAGAAAAUCUCAUGAUUCCACCUCUUCUCCACCUUCCUCUGAAGUGGACCCAAGAAGAAAAGGAGAAGCGGUCAUGCUCAGAAGCACAAGAUCCCCUUUCCUACACCCAGAACCCCAGGAGCCAUCGGAUCGGGGAAAAGUAGCACGUCAAAAGUCUGUUGAUGGUGUAGAAAAAGCCAAAGAACAUAUAACACAGGAAGAAGAGAAGAGAGGAAAAAUGGCAAAAGUCAUGCCUUUGAGGAGAAAGAAAUCACCAGAUUCACAGGAAAUCCAGUUGGACAUCAAAGAAAACAAGGAAAAAACACAAAGAAUGAAAGGUGAACCAAAUGUGGUUUUGACCUGUACUUCCAUACCUGCUACUUCUGUAAAAUUGGAUAAAAGCAUUAAAAAAGCAGACUACAGAGCUGACACAACAAGAUGCUCUCUUCCGGAACUGCUACACCAGAAAUUACCAGCUGUGGUGAAAAAAGCAAACAAGGAGUCCACUGAGGGUGUUAUCACAAGUGCUGUGCAAGAAGCAGAAAAACAUGUGCCCCAGAAAGGAGAGGGUAGAGGAAAAGCCGUCAAUACGAACUCUCUCAUACACCCCAAAGGAACACCUUCCAAGGCAAAGAUAUCAUUGCAUCCACGUGAACCCAGUACCCCUGGGACGCGGGACCCCCAAGUCAGAGAAGUACAGACAAACAGGAGAAAAAACUUGGCAGAAGUACAGGAAAGAAAAGUUCUGACAGCACCUUGUUUGCGUCAGUUCCCAGUAAACAAAGAUACAGAAGGCAAGCAAGAGGGGCAGGGAAUAAUAAGACUCCAUCUUCCACCCUCCUGGCCCAGAGAAUCAUCACACGCAGAGAAGUUCACCCAUCCAGUGUCACCUGUGAAUUACAUCUCAAGAAAUUCAAGAGGAACUAAAUACGGGAGGCAGAAAGAAGAGGAUAAAGCAAAUAUUUUCAUGGAAGACCUAAUGCAUCCCAAGUGCCUAGCUUUGAAGGCAAAGAAAUCACCCCUUUUCCAAAUACUCAAAGCAAAGAAACUUCAAGUGAGCAUCAGAGAGCAGAUGAAGAGGGGGCAGGAAGGUAGCAAGGACACAGUUGUGCUUCUGAGCAAAAUUUGUCCUUUUGCCACUUCUUCCACUCAUCUUAAAUUUGACACAAUAAAAGAAGAGGAGGGUGAACCAGGAAUCCUAAGGAAUCUUGUGCCACCUCCUGAGCCCCAAGACCCACUGCUUUCAGUGCAAACAGCACCUCCAAAGUGGACGGAUAGCCACAGAAAGAAAGGAGAACGGUAUCCACCAUGGAAAGAAAAGGACGGAGUGCAAACAGCAGCCCUGAGCGUCUCACUGUGCCCCAGUGGCAGAGAUUUCAAGGCAAAGACACCCACACCUCCUGGUGUGCUCAGUGACGCUGAGCACGGUGCUCUGAGUAGGAGAAAGGAAGCAGAGUCGUGCACCGAGGGCAGAGGAGGGCAGGGACUGGGAAGAGCAGAAGGCGCUGAUGUGGCUCCAACAAAAACUCCUCCUUCCUCGCCUUCUCCAUCUCACCGAAAAUGGGAUGCAGGGGCCAAAGGAGACAAGGACUUGCUCAUAACAGCUGGAUCCUCUCGUUCACCAUUUCAGCUCCCUGAGUCCUCAGGGGCAAGAAGCAUCAGGUGUACCGAUUCCAGUCACGGUAUUAGCUCAUGUAAUGUCAUAAUACAUGCUAAUAGACUUGUGCCAUAUAAAGAGGCAAUGGUCAGCGUAAAAGCAAAAGACGGGAACGAUAGAUUGUACCCCAGAGUAGUAACUUUGGAAGCCCACACAUCCCCACUUAGCCAUCCACACAGUAGAAAGAGGCCACCUUUGGAUGUCAGAGAGCAAGGGAAGGGGGCUCAGAAGGGCAGAGGUGAGCCGAAAGCGGCCCUGAGGGAACCGUGUGCUUCCUUACCUCCUUCAUCCCGCCUGAAAUGGGACCCUAGCAGACGUGGGAAGGAAGACACUGGAGGAAUAACACGAUCCUGUUUUCCACCACUGAAGAUCCAUGAUCCGUUCACUCCAAGCACAAAAGCAGAUCCUAAGUCCUGUGAUGGUUUCAUGCUAAAAGAAGAGAGACUCAAAACAGCUACUCAAGAGAAGAUGCCCCCAGUACCUGUGCAUCAGAAGGCAAAGGAAUUUCCACUUUCCUAUCUACUUGAUACCAAAGAAUUGCGGGGGGAAAUCAGAGAGCCAAAGAAAAAGGUGCAGAGAGAGGACAGGGACCUAGUGGCAAAACUGAAAAACAUCUGUACUUCUUUACUGACUCUGCAAUACUGUCAACCUGAUUCACCGGGAGAGAGGUACAUGAUAAGAAUGACAAAAGUGCCUCUUGCCCAAGAGCAGUCCAAGCAGUCAUCGCCUGCAGUGAAAACAGAAGAUGCUAAAACCCCUGAUGGAGAACUUGCCACAGAGGUAAAACAAUCGAAAGAACACAUUCUGCAGAGAGGAGAGACGGACAGAGAGAGAAAUGUGGACACCUGCAGUAGGCCGGACCCCCAUUACCUGGAUUUGAAAGCAAAGGAAUCACCUCUUUUACUUACACAGAAUCUAAGGGACCUGCAGCAGAAAACUAAAGAGCAAGAGGGGAAAGUUCAGGAAGGUAAAUGGCAGCCGAAGGAUGUAACGCUCGCUGAGACCUGCACGUCCGCCUCUUUCCCUCCCCGCCCCAAUGAAAAGCCCAGCGUCCGGGAAGAGGGCACGCAGACGUCCUCCCCAGUAAACGCCCAGAAAUCACUGGGUUCUGAGGAAGAGCUGCACGCAGACCCAACUGCCAGUAGUCCGCAAAAAGAAACACGUUUGCCCCCGAACGAGGAAGAGGGUGGAACGGAGAGAAGAAACUUCAAGUCCUCCAAACGUGCAGAAAAUGAGAAGCAGGAAAGUAAAGAUGAACCAGGUAGGGUUCUGACCAGAUGGGCUCCUUCAUCACCGUCUCCCCUCCCCUUCCAAUCAGAUAAGGAAGUACAGGUCGGUGGUGACGUGCUAGCCACGCAUGAAAGGUCUGUUCAGCCGAGAAGAUCAAAUGCAGGGGAGAUAAUAGCACGUACAGAGUCAGUCAGUGGCAAUAUCACGAGAGCUGUUCAAACCCAGACCACGUCUUCAUCACUGUCUCCCCUCACACUCCGAUUGGAGAAAGAAGUACAGGUCGGUGGUGACAUGCCAGCCGUGCAUAAAAGGUCUGUUCUGCCGAGAAGAUCAAAUGCAGGGGAGGUUGCAUACACAGAGUCAGUUAGUGGAAGUCUCAGGAGAGAUGUUCAAACCCAGACCACGUCUUCUUCACUGUCUCCCCUCCCCUUCCAAUCAGAUAAGGAAGUACAGGUCGGUGAUGACAUGCUAGGUGUACACAAAAGGUCUGUUCAGCCGAGAAGAUCAAAUGCGGGAGAGACAAUAGCACGUACAGAGUCAGUCAGUGGCAAUAUCACGAGAGCUGUUCAAACCCAGACCACGUCUUCAUCACUGUCUCCCCUCCCCCUCCGACUGGAUAAAGAAGUACAGGUCGGUGGUGACAUGCCAGCCGUGCAUAAAAGGUCUGUUCUGCCGAGAAGAUCAAAUGCAGGGGAGGUUGCAUACACAGAGUCAGUUAGUGGAAAUCUCAGGAGAGACGUUCAAACCCAGACCACGUCUUCUUCACUGUCUCCCCUCCCCUUCCAAUCAGAUAAGGAAGUACAGGUCGGUGAUGACAUGCUAGGUGUACACAAAAGGUCUGUUCUGCCGAGAAGAUCAAAUGCAGGGGAGAUAAUAGCACGUACAGAGUCAGUUAGUGGUAAUAUCACCAGAGCUGUUCAAACCCAGACCACGUCUUCAUCACUGUCUACCUUCACCUUCAAGUCAGAUAAGGAAGUACAGGUCGGUGAUGACAUGCCAGCCAUGCAUGAAAGGUCUGUUUUGCCGAGACUAUCAACAGCAGUCGUACAUACAGAGUCAGUUAGUAGUGAUGUCGUGAGACACGUUCAAACCAAGGAGCAACGUACGCCUGGGAAAGCAGAGAGGGACAGAGCGAGCGCAGCAGACCCAAGAUGUGCAACACAAACCAAAGACAGGACGUUGGGGUCCAGGAAACCUGCCCCUUCGCAUACGCUCCACAGAACAGAAUUGUAUCUGCACGUUGCGGGGGGAGGGCCCAAGGCACCUGAAGGCCCAGGGGAACCGCCCUGCUUGGCGGUAAGAAAAAUUCAUGUUUCCCAACCUCCCGCUAAGCCGAAAUUGGAUAAAGGUACACAGGUAGACGAAGGAAGGCUUGGAAUUAAAAGGCCCUCUCUCCUCCCACAAAUGCUUUCAGCAUUAUCAGAAAGAAAGGAGAGAGCAGGUACGAAGGGAAUUGGUGGGAAUGUAAUAGAAAGGAAACAGCACGUGUCAGAGAAAGAAAAAAAGGAUGCUGUGACCAAAGUAGAUCUGCGGCUCAAGACGUACCGCAGAGAGGCACUGGCCUCACCGAUUUCCAACAUCCUGAGGACAAGGGAGUUUGUGUUGAAUGUUAUUAAAGAGCCGGAGGAAAAAAGGCACAAAGGUCCAGCUGGGCCAGGUGUGGUCCUGACAAGGACUUUCCUUUCCAUCCCUUCACCUCCCCUUUAUCUAGAUUCAGGCAGCAAAACAGACAAGGAAGCAUCAGGAAUCAGGAGAUCCUCUUGUGCACAGCGGAAUCUCCAGGCAUCAGCAGACACCCGGAAAACAGCCACGAGAGAGACGGCUGCUGGCGAGGGUGAAACUGUUCAUACAAAACCCUCGGUGCCGGAAGAGGUCCGACAGUGGACCUCCAACUUCAUGGUCAGUGUACAGCGCAGGAAAGACCCUCCACGAGUCAGAUCCGAAGAAGAUUUGAGUCGGUUUCUUUUCAAUUCACAGCAGGAGGACUUUUAUUUCACAGGCUUUGGUGCCAUCCGAAGUGAGAAGAGGCUGGAAUGUUUCCUGACAGGGCCAGAGGAUCCGCAAGAAAAAUACAGAGCAGAAGCUCUCACUACCUUUCUUUCCUUCCCCAUCAUGGAUCUAACUACAAUCGAAAAUCUGAAGAAAGAAACGGAAAUAAUGACUAACUUAACCCAGAAAAUAAGCCCUCCGGUGUUAGUUUCACUACCAAGGAAAACACCCAAGGACAUACAUGCCCCCCUGGGCCCCCCAGUCAGUGCAGAAGGAUGUCCUGCUGCAGAGCAAGGUGCCCACCAGUGUGACACUUUAUCCAGAGCAUCUCCGGGGUCUGCAGGUGCAUAUAAAUUUGACAGACCCGAGGGAGACAGACAGAAUAAUGAAAAAAUAAGCACAAUGUCCCCGCCCAACGUGUUAGACCCACAGACAAAGGAAUCCCUUGAGGAAAUGAAUAUCACACGUUCAAAUGCCUCCCCAAAUACAGAACAAGAAAUUUUCCUGAAAAAGCAAGUGGUGCUGCGGUCUGGGAGUGGACAGAAGACCAGGCUGGAUUCUAGCCUUUCUCUGAAGAUUCCACUUCCAAACGGAAAGCAGAGGACACCGCUGGAAAUAGAUAUGCACAAGCAAACUACAGUGUACCCUGGACUACAGACACUACGAGGCACAGAUAUUGGUGUUACAGAGUUUAAUGCCCUAAACGGGAAAAAAGAGCAGGCACCAAUUGUUCCAGAACAAGAGGCACGCAAUUUAGACCUGCUCCAGAAGUCUUUUUCCUCCUGCUUUACUUUUCCACUUCAGUCUGGAGAUCUGGAGAAAAAAACCAAAACGGACACAAGCCCUCCUAUCCAUUUCGAACAAAAUAAAUUAGAAAUGAAAGAAGGAAUAUUAAAAAUAGAUACAAACAUAGCUGUCCGUCUGGAAGAGGACAAAAUAGAAAUGCGCAAACGAACCAUUGUUAAUCUGGAGAAGGACAAAAUAAAAAUGGACACAAGCAAUACAAUAAAUCUGCGCACUGUGUCUCCAAAGGCAGAGGAACCUGCAGUUAAGACCCGGGUAUUCACUCGUGUGCCAAACAGCUGCCCAAUCAAGCAAAAACAUAAAAAGGAACGAGAAGUGUCUGGUGCCAAACAAAAUAUUCAGCUACAAAAAAUGUUUCAAAAACAUACUCUGGGUUCAUUUUAUGCCUAUAUUCCUCUACCUUCCAAGUUUGGAGACCAGAAAGGCAGAUUAACAGUAGCAGAUUUGAAAAGAGAAUUGAGCUCUAAACAUGUAAAUAUGAAUAUCCCAAAGCAUCCAAUUCUCCAUAUUCUAGGCAACACAGGACAUAGUACUCCAAGCAAUAGAAAGAAAUUAGAGUAUAACUUUAACAAACCAAAGACAGCUUCAUGGAGCGAAGGAGCCUCAGAAAUAUUUAUCAGAAGUCUUUCUAUUUCCAUGAGUCCAUCUCACCCUAAAGGAACAGUAAAAUCUGAGACAAUCCAAGAACAAGCAAAGAGAACCUGUCUUUCAAAAUUCCAGGAGAAGUCACCAAAUACUAGGGAAACUGUUGAGAGGGACAACUCAAGCGCUGUAAGAAAAAGGGACCAGAAUUUUAUAAGCACAGUUCCUCGGGAUUCUCAGCCCUUUGUGACAGACGGACAGCAAACACACAAAUGUCCUAGUGUCAAAUCGGAAGCAAACCUCAGCAGCGAAAGCAAUAGAAAUUUAACUCCACAAACAAAAGGAAGGGUUGCUUCAGAGCAUGCUAUCUCAAGAGCUGUAAAAGAACCUGGCUUGCUUAUGAUUGAGCAAGAAAAGGCACCCAAACCCAUUCAGACACCUACAGAGUGUGCAUCCAUGUCAGAAGACUCAAAGAAAAAGGUGGACACUCACACGGAAAAUACCCUAAGUAUGAAUAUUUCUCCUCCAGGGGUAGAAGCACCACAAUGUGAGACUCAGCUGUCUGAUACCGUGGACUGUGACUUGUCACCCGAGCAUAGGGAUCACGGUGGACCCCUCCAGGACACAACCACACGAGAGGUCCAGCAGCAACAGACUUCUCCAGGAACAGUGUCUGUACCAACCCAACUUAAAAGUAAUGAAAUAAAAAUAGUGAUAGAUAGUCCAAGUGCAGAAAGUUUGCGGCCUCUCUAUGAAGCCGUUCAAAAUGUCUUUGAGUCACAGGUGAAAAAUAUGCUCCAGGACAAAACUUUUGCUGAUCCCCUAGAAGAAGGAGAGGACAACAAACCCGGUGAUGGGAAGUCGCCAGCUUUUGCAGGGGGUCCGGCUGCAACAUCCAUGACAGUACAUCUCAAAUUGCGGCCCAAACCUAUUUUAGAAAACUUGACUUGCAAAGGAAAAAACAAGCUCACCAGUCAUUUAGCAUCAAAAGCACCUGAAAUAAAACAGAAUCUGAUACCAGAGAUGGUAAAACGAUCCUUCCAAGAGUUCAACUGUUAUCCACAUCAGGCUAUUUCGAAAUAUAACAGUUGGAGGCUCAAUCCAAAACAUAAAAACAUGUGCUUUUUGUCUCUGGAAGGAACUGAUAACAUAGACUUUAACCUCAAACACAAAUACACACAAGACUCACCUCCUGCCAGCCAUAUGAAGUCGCUGACUGUUAACGUUUCAAGUGGCCGUGAGGAUAUCAUUACAAAGUCAAAGACUCUAAAUGAGCUAGAAAGGAAGACAUCUCCAUUGACCUCUGCUAGAGAGAUGCCAUUACCUCAUAUUCUCCAAAACUACUCAGUAGAAGGAAAAAACAAACUUCUCAUUCACUUUUCUAUGAAAACAUUGGAGAUUCAGAUGAAAGCCUUUCCCCAAAUGAUGAGAGAAUCUUACACAAUGGCCAAUGCUCAGGAUGGACAGAAACCUUUAUCUAAGUGUAUCCAUUCAGAUGUCAAAAUACCAAGACAAAAAAAUAGAAUUGUGUUACUUUUUGAGGAAAAAUCUCUUCAUCAACUAGAUCUUAAUUUGCGAUACAAAUACCUUCGUUUUCUCCUGGGCCUUCCAGCCCAAAGUAUGUUCCCUAAGCCAGAGGCACUCCCCAAACAUAUUCUUAAAUUACAGACAGUGGCCCUAUGUAAAAAAGUGGAUGAUGGUGGAGAAAGUGGUGGUCUUUCCAUUGAUGCAGAACCGUUGGAACAACACAUCUCGUUCAAAAAGCAAAGUCUCCGUGAAAACUCAUCCUUAAUCAGAAAAUGCUUGGGGCCCACCCAGGAGGGCACUUCUGACUCUGAUCAACACAGCACGGCGCAGAAAAGAGACACUACAGCUCUUCCAAAGUUAACCUCUCACGUGGCUCCAGAAAAAGAGAAACAAUGCCAUGUGUGGUUUCAAGACACAAACGCAUGUGAAUCUGUUGAUUUAAAGACUAAAGAAAAGGAUCACGAUUUGGCUGAUGCUCGGUCAGUUCAGAGUCUCGAAGAUUUUACUGACAGUCAGACAAAUAACGUGAGUUCAGAUAAUUUUGAGGGAUGCUCAGCUCUCCGUGCACGUGAGAGUGAAGAAUGUCUGUUUUUAGAUGCCAACUCUUAUUUAAGUCAGGAGUCGCAGAAUAUUCUAUUUGAAUUACAGGAAGGCCUGCCUUUGGAGUUCCUCUACAAGAAGAAAAAGGUCAACACUGGCUUACAACCAUUUCACAGGGACGAUUCAGGUUCCCAUCAUGUUAAAGGCUGUCAAAAACUGUCCUCCGUUGUGACACCACCUUCUUACGAAUCCCACAAAAGCAGGAAACACAGGUCAUCCUCCAAAAUGCGCCAUCGCCCUCCUGACUCGAGGUGUGACAGCUCCUUAAAUACUAUAGACAAUCCAUCUGGAUCAUCGUCCAGUCCAUUCAGUGAAGAGAACCUUUCACCCAGUACUAGAAGCAGAAAAAGUUAUUCUGUAGUUCCCUUAACGGAGGCCAAUAUUAAACUGCAUCUUGCAAAAAGCCAAGGCAGACCUCACAGGCAUUUGGACAGCAAAGAAGGAAGGAAGGCCAAGCUGGACUCACUUAGAAAGGACAAGAGUCCUUGGGAAUAUGACCGCAGUUAUACACAGAGCACAGAGAAACGCACAAGGAAGAAGAAGGGGCGGGAUUAUGAGUCAGAAAGAUCAGCUUAUGUCCCAAGCAAACGUAAAUCAGCAUCGAAACCUCUUCAAGAGGACAUGGACUUCUAUUCCGAAACAAAGCAAAACCAGCCAUUUUUUUAUGCCUGUGUACCAGCAGACUCCCUGGGGAUUACACCCCAAACCAUUCGCUGGACUGUUCCCCCCAAAACUUUGAGGAAGAGAAACUUCAGAGUUCCACUGGUGGCCAAGAUUUCAAGUUCUUGCAGCAUAUGGAGUUCAUCCAAAAAGCUGCUGGGGUCAUUGUUAGAAUCCUUCAGCCUAGUUCAUCCACAGUGAUACUGUCACAUCAAGACACGUCUCAUCUCGAGGGGAAAGCUGGUUGCUAUCAUAGUCUUUGAAAAAAUAAAAUCCUGUAAAGUCA